UAAGAAGGGUUACCAGACAGAACUACCAGGGAAGGCUGGGGUUGGGAGGAGGGGGGUCAAUUUCUGCUCAGGGCUGGGUUUGCUGAACUACUUUCCCGUCUUAGGCAGUCUGAGCAUUUGACACGGACUUCUUGGGAACAGCAAAGUGAUUUGAAGCCUAAAAGGAGAUGAGCAAUCUCCGACACUCAGGCAGAAAAAGUCCCAGUGAUACAGGAAGCCAUCUGGUUCCUGAUGCAUAACUAGGCGGCAGAGGCACCUCUGCCUGACACGGACCUCAUUCCGUCGCGGCGUCUGCAAGCAGUUGUAGGGCUCCUCACGGGCUCCCUUCCCUCUCUUCGCCAGCUGAUGGAUCCCAAGAGGCUUCUCUCCUUGAACUUCCUGCUGUUUCUCUCCCUGGCUUUUGAGCUGAGCUGUGGAACAGGUGAGAGCUUGCUGAACUGCCCAGAGAUACCUGGGCAGUUGGGAAGCAGUGUGCUGCUGCCCUUGGCAUCCGGAGGCAUAAAUAAGAGCAUGAACAAAAGCGUCCAUGUCCUUGUCACCAGAGCAGAAUCACCAGGAAACAGUGUCAAGAAGAAAAUAGCUUCCCUGGAUCUGCCCGAAGGGGGGUCUCCGCGCUAUCUGGAAAAUGGCUAUACCUUUCAUCUGGAAAACCUGAGUCUGGGGAUCCUGGAAAGCAGGAAGGAAAAUGAGGGCUGGUACUUCAUGACCCUGGAGGAGAACUUUUCAGUUCGACACUUUUGUCUGCAGCUGAAGCUCUAUGAGCAGGUCUCCACUCCGGAAAUUAAGGUGUUGAACUUGACCCGGGGGAAUGGGAACUGCAGCUUGACACUGGCCUGCGGCGUGGAGAAGGGGGACUAUGUGGUUUACAACUGGAGCGAGGAAGUGGCUACUGACCCUCUGACCCCAGCCAACAACAGUACUCACCUCCUGCAUCUCAACCUUGGCGCUCAGCAUGUCAACAACGUCUACGUCUGCACUGUGAGCAACCCCAUCAGCAGCCGCUCACGGACCUUCACCCCGAAGUCCCAGUGCAGACUGGAAUCUUUCGAAUCAACACAAUGGGGACUUUAUGCUGGGCUGUUCAUAGGGGGCAUCGUUGGUGUCAUCUUGGUUCUCGAGGUGGUAAUAUUGCUGUUGAGAAGAAGAGGUAUGUGUCUGACAAUAAAGAGAUUCGUAUCAGACUCUGCGGUAAAUGGGGAACCUCUCCGCACAGGUAAAGCAAAUCAAUACCAGCCAACAAUGGAAGCAAAAAGCCUUACUAUUUAUGCCCAAGUCCAGAAAUCAGGGUUUGCCAAGGAAUAGACGUCGAAUUUUAUCAACACUCUCUCUGCAUCUGUUGAUAUAAUCUUUUGGAUUUUUUAUAUUGAUCUUUUUUAUUUAUCCGCGGAACCACAGUGAUCUACAAAGACUACACGGCAUUCGCAUUCCUGGAACAGAAAUGAUCUAGUCUGGCCCUUUUAAAAUAUUGCUGGGUCCUAUUUUAUUAAUACUUGGUUGAGAGGAUGCUGUUACUGACCGUUUGGUUUCCAAGUGCAACUGGCCUACAAUUUUCCUCUCUUGUGAUGCCCCAGUGAGGUUUUGAACCAAGAUUAUGCUAACCUGACAAAAUGAGUAGAAGUGCAGGUUCAUUUCCUAGUGCUACUAUAACAAACAUCUGCAGACAAGGAGACUUAAAGCUAUAAAGUCAUUCUCUAACAGUCGUGGAGGCCACAAGUCUGAGAUAGAGGUGUGGGCAGGGCCAUGCUCCCUCUGAAAGUGUUGCUUUGUCUCUCGCAGCGUCUGAUGGUUCCAGGCACCCUUUGACACCCGUCGGCUGUAGCUACAGAACUUCUGCUUCCACCUCUACAUACAUUUCUUCUCCCCGUUUCUCUGGGUCUUCUCCCUUCCUGUCUCUUACAAGAACCCUUACAACCCUUACAAGAAAUCUCUGGAUUUAAUCCAGUGGGACCUGAGUCUGAAAUCCUUACCUUAAUUACAUCUGCAAAGACCCUCUUCCAAGUAAGGUCACAUUUAUAGAUUCUGGAUGGAUCUAUCUUUUGGGGAUCACAGUUCAACCUCCUACAGGGUAUAUUUCCUUUGGGCAGGAUUGAUGUUAUUUUUUCCCUUAAAUAUUUGGUAGGAUUCAUGGGUGAAGCUAUCUGAGUCAGGGGUUCCUCUGAGGGAGGAAUCUUUUAAAUUACACUUUUAUUAUCCCAUUCUCCUCCCUUUUGUUAAUUAAGCAACCUUUUUUCCUGUUUUUUGGUUGCUAACCUGGAAAUUACAAAAUGCAUCUUUGACUCACAAAGUCUAAUAUUUAGUCUCUUCCUGGACAAUACGUCAUCUUCCCUUUAACGUCACCCUCUGAUUUGUGUACAUUUUUUGGCCAUUAUUUUAAUUUUAUGUAUGUUUUCAAUGUGGGAGACAUAGUUGUUAUUGUUUUACACAUCAAUAUGCGUUUACACUUGCCUAGGUUUUUAUAGUUCUCUUUGUUCCAAGAGAACAAAGAGAAAAAGCUUUUUGCAAAGCUAUAUGUUAUGAUAUAAAGACUAAUAACGUGGACAAUAAUAAAAUGUUAAUGUUUCCCUUGCUCUUAUUCAUAAUGGUGGUAUUAUAAAGACUAGGGUAACAGGGAAAUUAUGUAACACACAUUUGCUGUCCGCUAGAGAACUCUCAUAGGUCUUACCAGGACUGUUGCCUUGUACAGCUCUGGGGGACACUGCUUAUGAAGAAUAUGUGAGAGUAACACCCCUGGGGCUGCUUGUAAGUCAUGCUCCCUGGACCCAUGCCCUAACUGAAGACACCGGCAUAAAAAAUGUACUAAGUUAUUACAACUGUGUUUAAGAGAAUUCCCUAAGUCCUGGUUAAAAUCCUGGAGGGAGCACUAACCACGUGCUAACCAUGUUGUGUUGAAGUGGAAAGACUAUAAGUGGUUUUUUCCUCCUUUCCAAAACUUCUUAACUAAAUAUUAAAAGCAUAAGUUAUUAACUUCUCCCCUGGGCCCCUAAGUCAGGUCAUACCAAAGUCCUUGCAGACAGGAAGACAGGCAGGGGUGGAUAAAGGUCUCUUAAUUAAACUGUUUCACGUUGUCUUCAUCUAUCUCAUUAUUAAGAGUACUUCUCCCUUAAAUUCAUUUUUUUUCUCCAAAAUAUGGCAUCUAUGAGCUGUAUGGGAUCUUGAAAGUCAUCUAUUUGAAUCACUCAAUUGCUGCUUGAGUUAUCUUCUCAUUAUUACUUCCAAAGUGUUGGCUAGCUUCUUUUUACUAAAAUACAGUCUGUGAACAAGCAGCAUGAGCAUCACCUGGGACCUUAUUAGAGAUGCAGAAGCUCAGGGCUUACCCCAAGUCUUCUGAAAGAGAACCAGCCUUCUAACAAGACAGCCAGGUAAUGCAUAUGCACAUUCAAGUGUGAGAAGCCCUAGUCUACCCCAGGCACUUCUGGUAAUGGGGAGUUCUCUGCCUCCCAAGGCAAUCCACUCCACGUCUGAGCAUCUCUUAGUAUUAGAAAGAUCUUCAGUAUGUUGAAACAAAAUGUUUCUUCCAAAUCCCAGUCUUGGCUUAAACCUGAAGGACUCUACAGAACAAAUCUAAUUCCUCUUGUUCAAGACAAUCCAGCAAAUAUAUAAAGAGAUUCCCACCUUGAAUCUUCUUUCCUCCCAUCAACUUUUUCAAUUCUAUAAUUCUGAGCUUCUUCAUGUUAAAACCCAUGUUUAGUUUCUGGUCUUGCUCUACAUCCAGGAGAAGUGGGAGGCAGCACUAUGCUAGACCAGAGUCCUGAAGUGUGUUGAAAGGAUGACUUCCCCGAGAUAAGUCUUGUUGCCUCUGUCUUACGGGGAUGUGGUCUCAAUUUACCCCUACAUUGACUUCAUCCUGGUAUUAUGGAUUGUAAAUCAUUUAAAGUAACAUCAACUGAUUUUUUAAAAAUGUGCCGGGCACUACUUUUGUGGGGAAUGGGAAGAAAUAUGGGAAUAGUCUGUUUGAAAAAACAACAUGUAAAUAAGUGAGAGUGUUUUAAAUAUCAUACAGUUACAUGCCAGACUUUAAAUAUCUGGGAAUCCAGGUAGAGGAGAGGUCGUUACAAGUUGGGGUAAGCAAAGAAGAACAGCCUGAUGAGAAGACCAGGCACUUAAAGCUGACGAGCCUCUGGGGACUCCUGGCUUUGAUACUUCGUACACAUGCACAUAGGAGAGUACUAAGUCUUUCGGAGCCUUCGCUUGUCCAUCUGUGACAAUGGGAUUUAAGGUGCAGAGUUGGCGGGAGACAAAUUUGGCACCUGUGGAAACACUGUAAACACUCAGAAAUGUAUACUUACUACGAAGUUCCUCACUGGGGCAGGAGAGAGACGUCCCAGGAAACCAUGUCAGAGUCCAGAAUAGUGGGAGCGGCAGCGUGUGCUGGAAUGAACUUGGUGUGUUGUAGGUGACAGGAGCCAGACAAAUGUUAGGAAGAUCCUGUUCCCUUCCACUGCGCUGGUGACAGCCACACCAGUUCCGGUGCACUGCGAGGAAGACUUAAAACAUCUGGGGAGUGUUCUUGGUGCCGUGGGCUGCCUCUCGAGGCUGUGAGCUCCGCGAUGCCACUUGGGGAGUCCAAGCAAAACCCUGGGAAUCGAAUUCUGGGGAAUCUGCAGGAGCAUUUCCACCUGAGAAGGAGGCUGGGCCCGUGGACUCGGAGGGGCUUUCUAGCUCCAAGUUUCUGGAUCUUGUGUUUCUCCGUGGGCAGACUUGGAUGGAAAUGACUCUGCUCAGCUGAUUUCCUCCUCUUUGCGUCUC